CGAACUGGGGGUGGUUAGUGAAUUCUUUCUCACAAAUCACCUUAGGUCCUCUCAGCUCGGGCGACUCUUAAGAUAGGUCGCCGUUAUCUUACAAGUCUGCUAGCUCAGCUGCACCGAGCUGAAGGUCGGCCUAAACAAGGUGUUACCAUAGGUCCUCAAAGUCACAACUGCUCCAAUCCCUACAGCUAACAAAUGUUCAAAAUCUCCCGCCAAACGGGAAGGCCAUUCCCUCCCUCGUGCAAACCGGCUACUACCGGUAAACCCGUGGUCAAUAUAAAACCUUGUAGAGAAACUCCAACGGCGUGACGCGCGAGAAGUAUAUACAUUUGUGGUUGCAACUCGUAUUUAUCCUCCAUCUUCUUCCCACCAGUUCUGCUUUUUUUUUUUUCAUCUAUUUUCCCUCUUUUUUUUAUUCGUUGCAUGAAAUCCGCUAGGGUUCAUCGGUUAAAUGAAUGUUCUAGGAUCUAGGGUUUGGACUGAUCUAUUGACGAAACGAGUUUCAGAGUUCACUUUCAAUUCAGGACAAUGAGUGCUGUGAAUAUCACCAACGUUGCGGUUUUGGACAAUCCAGCGGCGUUUCUCAACCCCUUUCAGUUCGAGAUCUCUUACGAGUGCUUGAUUCCUCUCAAGGAUGAUUUGGAAUGGAAACUUAUCUAUGUAGGAUCUGCAGAGGAUGAGACUUACGACCAACUUUUAGAGAGUGUACUUGUUGGGCCAGUCAAUGUUGGCAACUUUCGUUUUGUUUUCCAGGCAGACCCUCCAGAUCCAUUAAAGAUCCGUGAGGAGGAUAUUAUUGGUGUCACAGUGCUAUUGUUGACCUGCUCUUAUCUGGGGCAGGAGUUCAUCAGAGUGGGUUACUAUGUGAACAAUGAUUAUGAUGAUGAGCAGCUAAGAGAGGAGCCUCCUCAAAAGGUUUUGAUAGAUAGGGUACAAAGAAAUAUUUUGGCUGACAAGCCCAGAGUCACCAAGUUUCCCAUCAAUUUCCACCCAGAGACUAAUGAGAAUGGAGGGCAGGCACCUCCUUCACCUGAUCAUCCUACAGAAACAAAUGAGAAUGUUGAACAGCCACCUCUUUCACCAAAGCACGUCUGACAAAGCUGGAAUCAAUCUCCCAAACAAAAUUACAACAAAUUAAAUUCUGGCCUUCAUUUUUUUUCUUGGAAGGUAGCAGUUACCAACUUGCUGGGUUUCAGAAGCAUACUCAGAAUUGUUCUGUAGACAACAAUGUCAAUCAAUAUUGUGUUACUUGGAUGGAGAUGUAAAAUACUUGUUUUCUACGGUUCUACCAGGUCCUGAACACUGAUGUACCUAGUUGAAGCCAUUUCUUUUCAUCAGAGUCUGGUUCCGGGGUUCUUAUUUAGCUACAACAGUCCAUGGCAAUGAUAGUCUUGUGAAACCUUUGUGUUUGCUUUAUUCGUUUGAAGGCAAUUCAGUGGUGAAAUUGUUUAUUCUUUAUUCA